GGCUGUUUUUUGAGCACCCACUAUGUUUGUAAUAUGUUUCUUGAAUUUGUUUGCAUGAGUGAUAUUUGUUUAUCUUUCUAUGAAUUGACUUUCUUAUUGACUGUUAGCAAUCAUGAGGAAAUUGGUCAAAAAUCAAGUGAACCUAUUUGGCCAUAUGAUUUGGACAACUGGAUUUACUAUUAUGUUACCCCCAGAAAUAGGGUACAAAAACAAUUGUUGAUGUUUGCACUGCAUACUCCAAAUCUGUGCAAUUGCAAUUUUUUCCAUAUAAUUCUGUGUAGAUAAUUUGUUGACUUUCGUCACAUUAUUCAGUUUGUUUCAUUCUUUCUUGUUUAAGUACAUUGAGGCACACUGUCUGGGUUGACGAAACUAGCUUGGUCUUAGGUUGGGUAAAUCUCAGGCUAUACCAAGAAUAUGAGAAAGUGUGGCGCCAGUAAAUUUCCCUGAAACUAUGAAUACUGGUUCAACAAAGGCUACUUCAAAUGGCUUUGAGAAUUCUUUGAGACCGGAAGAAGAACAGAACAAGCAGAUCAAUGAGAUGAGAAAGUUGAUUGGGCCACUUUCAGGUAAAUUGGCUCUUUAUUGUUCUGAUGCAUCCAUUUCAAGGUAUUUAAUGGCUCGAAGCUGGAAUGUGAAGAAGGCAGCUAGGAUGCUUAAAGCGACUCUGAAGUGGAGAUCGGAGUACAAGCCUGAAGAAAUUCGCUGGGAUGAUGUGGCCAGUGAAGCAGAAACAGGCAAAAUUUAUAGGUCAAACUAUACAGACAAGCAGGGUAGGACAGUUCUUGUCAUGAGACCUCGAUGCCAGAACACUAAGUCUGUUAAAGGACAAAUCAAGUAUUUAGUGUAUUGCAUGGAAAACGCUGUUGUAAAUCUCCCAGAAGACCAGGAACAGAUGGUCUGGUUGAUUGAUUUCCAUGGAUUCAAUCUGUCACACAUCUCGAUCAAGGUGACAAAAGAAACAGCUCAUGUUUUGCAAGAACAUUAUCCUGAAAGGCUGGGGAUAGCUAUUUUAUAUGAUGCACCCAAGAUAUUUGAACCAUUUUGGAAGGUCGCAAAGCCUUUUUUGGACCCAAAGACUGCCAGCAAAGUCAACUUUGUGUACUCAGACGACCCCAACAGCAAGAAAAUUAUGGAAGAACUGUUUGACAUGAGGUUGCUGGAAUCUGCAUUUGGCGGAGAUGAUAAGGCUGAUUUUGAUAUCAAUAAAUAUGCUGAGAGGAUGAGAGAAGAUGAUAAAAAGUUGUCUUCUUUUUGGAAGAAAGACAAUAAUUCUGCAGCAAGUGCACAACCAACUGUUGUGACAAGCGAACCCUCUUUAGAACCAACAAAUUCAGAAUCUGAUUCUGAUGCCUUAGAUGAAAAAGUAGAUAAACUUUCUCUUGAUGUUGAUGAAGAGGAAUCACCAAUUGAAGAAACUUUGCCUGGGACCGACAGUACAAAUGAGAAUGCUGACAGAUUAAAGCAGUGUAACUGAGGGCUAUCUCUGCAACUUUGUAGUUUUUGCUAUUUCUUUUAUUGAUGACUAAAUGCUCAUAACAUGGGCAAAUUAACCAUUUUGUUAAUGGUUCAGAACUGGAGUUAUGAGCAGAAAACAUUUUAAUACAGGUGAUGUACUGAAUGAUAUGUUAUGAAAUGAAUGUUCUGCCUCUUUAUAGGAGUAA